CCCGCUCGGGGCGGGGACUCCCAAGUUUCGGCGGCCGCGGCCGCGGGGCCCGGCCCGCCGGCGGCAUGAGCCCUGCGGCGGGGCGGGGGGUCGGCAGCGCCGGGCAGGGCAGCCCCCGCCGCCAUGCCCAAGGAGCGGCCGCUCUGGCGGGGCGCCGCUUUCCGCCUCUGCCUGCUCUCCGCCGCGCUCUUCCUCUGCCUGCAGCUGGGCAUGAGGCGAUCCUGGUGUCCGGAGGAGAAGCCCCGGAACCCGGCGGCGGCGCGGGCUCCCGCCCCGUCCCGCGGCGCGGAGCAGCGCCCGGGCGCGGUGGCGGUGGCGGGGGGCGGCCGCCGCAGGGUCACCUACGUGCGGAGCGGGCGGCGGGGCAGCGCCGCGCCCGCCUGCUGCGCCCCGCAGCCCCCGGGCAGCCGCCGCAGGAAGACUGUAAGAUGGCACAUUGAACUACAGCCAUGGGCAAGUUCAACCCCUUCCCUCAGCUAUGAGGCCUCAAGGUUUCUAAAGUACAUUAGCACUUCUCAGAUUUCAUGUGAACACAUGAACCUGAACAGCUCGAAAGGGUACUCUGAAACCACAAAAAAGCCCUGGUCAAUCUGUCUUGAUGAGAGGUUUAGCCUCAUCCAUCGAAUCAGAAGCAAGCAAUGCCGUCUCUAUUCACUUGGGCUAGGCAACGAUGACAACCAGUUUGAGCUGAGCAUGGCCAACAGUGGGUGUGAGGUGCAUCGCUUCGACCCCAGCCUCAAGUCAGCACACAUCCAGGAGGGUCGGCACCUCUGGCACCAUCGCCUCUCCAUCGACUGGAGGGACCCCAACCCGGCCAUCGCAGCUCAUAAACUCCACAGCAACACAAAGAAGCUGGGCACAGUGCUGAAUGAAUUUGGACAUCAGAAGAUCGAUGUCCUCAAGGCAGACGUGGAGAGCGCCGAGUGGAAAAUUUUGGAAAACCUGAUCCUGGAAGAUGUUGUUGAGCAGAUAGGACAGCUGGUCUUUGAGGUGCACAUCCACUGGCCUGGGUUUGAGGCUGCUUGUCAUAUGGAGUCUUCCUAGUGAACAGGAGCAGGGUUUUGUAAUAACCAGCUGGUAGAAAGAAGGAAAGUACAUCGUGUUACUGGGCUGCUGGAGCUGCAAGGCUCCCUGUUUAAAUCAGCUGUUAAAGACCACAGCGUUAAACAGCGUACUGAACAUCUGCCUGCUGCUAAAAAUCGGAUUUCUACAAGACAAUCUUGGACUUUUCUGGACGUACAGUAAUUUUAAUGUUUGUUCUUCGUAAUGAGGGCAAAGACUGAGCAGCCCCAUCUUACUGGGGACAAUUAUAAACUCUGAGCAAGACAGAUGCCAAGACCAUCUGCUUCAAGACAGCCAGCCUCCUUACCAGCAAGAUACACGAGGAUAUGUGGGCUAUUUCACCCUCUUGCAUAUGAAAGAAGUCCAAGAAAAAGCUGGCAAAAGGUCAAAGGAACUAUCAAUUUACCUAUACAGAACUUCAAGAACGAUGGAGAUAAUUGACUGACCUGUAAAACUUCUGCUAUAAAAGCAACCAGAAUUAAUAAAAGCAGCAACAUAUUGGCAUGUCAUUUCUGAAAGUUACAGAUGCACAAUCAAGGGGAACAAAAUAACGAUGCUGUGAUGGCAGCCCUGCAGCCCAGCUUGCCUGUGUUCCUUCCUGGCAGUGCAAGACACUUGCCUCCAGCCCUCCAGAGAUGUCCUUCCAACUUGAAUCCCUAUGCUGCACUCCCACAACAUCCGAGGAAAAUUAACCGUCGGAGGAAAAUGAACCGGAGAUUUCGAAAUGCACUCUUCCCUUUUCUCCCAAUGCUGCCUUUUCCCUGGAUCUGUCUGCUCACAGGCCAAGUUCAGCGUAGAGGUCUCGCCCUAGACUUGCUCUGAUCAACACCUGUAAUAGACCAAUUUCUGGUCAAACAUGAAAUUGGGAAGAGGACGUGAUUUGAGUUGAUUAGGCCAGAAAGAAAUCUCCUCCCAGGUGGCUGCUGGAAAAACAAGUCUGGACUCGCACCUCACUCUUCUAUCCUUCUAUCCUUGCACAGCAAACUAGUUGACAACGUGAGCUUUGCAGUUUGCAACAAGAGGGAAUUAUCCUCAUGAAAAUUCCCCCUGCAGGCUUCAAUGCAGAUGUGAGAAAUUCCACAAAAGAUUAACGUGAUGACCAACUGUGAGGGACAAAGGAUUUUAUCUGAAAGUUUCUAGGGCAAUUUUGAUUCUGGGCUUGCUGCAAACAUUUAAUCCCAAUUCAUCAACUGUGGCAGAAUUGAUUGAAAUAUUUCUCUUUUUUUUUUUGCCUCCACAGACAACCCCCAGUGUAUGACUGUAAGAGUGUAUACACUUAUUUUUAUAUUUUGCAUAUACUAUUUUACAAGUAUAUAUCUAAAGUUUAGCCUGAUAGGUGACACAUAAAAAACACAGUACCAACAACAGAGCCCAGCAUUUUGUGUAUUAUGAUUUAAAUGGCUUUAAGCCUUUGGGAAAGGUGUUUCUGAUGUGAAAGCCAGUAUGUGUUCCUGUGGGAAGAUUUUCUGUCUGCUCCAUUCCUCUCUUCCUCCCUAUUUCCCUUUACAUAUAAACUGUUAACAGUCAGGGCACACUGCCACAUACCCAUUUGGGAAAUGUAUUUGAAGGAGAAAAUCCAUUCCAAAUUACCCCAGCCCACUUUCUCUUGAAGCAGCACCUGGCACACAGCAACACACACCAGAGCUCAACUCCCAGCUCAGGAAUCAAACCAUCCCUUUGAAAAGCACAUCAGAAAUUCAUCCUUUGCAAGACAGCAGCAGCUCUUUCCCACCCACAUGCUGAAGAGAAGCAGGAACAGCCUCUUCUCUCCCUACAGAGGAUCAGUCCUCAGGACAUGCUGGACCAGCUCUUUCUUUCCAGGCUCCACUGUUUUUAUCUCAGUAAACAAGGCUGGGCAAUACCCACUUUCCCCCAGGAUGGUGCCUGUGAAAACUUGUGUGGAGUUUUUCAGGCACACAAGGCUGCUGGGAUGGGAAAGUAACCAGGAACGUGUAAACUCAGUGCAGUUACACAACAGCAUGGACUGACAGUGGAAUGCCUCUUGAGCUCAGCACUACAGAGUUGGCCUAAAAAUGCUUAAGCUUCCUGUUCACUCACAAGGGCCUAACUUGUGUAGCUCUUUGAAAGACCAGAACUUCUUCCAACCAGUCAAACAACCCAAACUCCACAAAACAACCAACCAUUUCCUUCCUCUAGACCAUUUGGGAUUCUUUGUCUCAGCUUCUGUCCUGCUGUCAAUUAAAACAAUUAUUCCUUUGCUAUCCUUUAUAAUGGUUGAGCAGUGCCUGGAUUUACAGUAAACAAUACAGUACAAUUCAAAACUGUCAUUAAAGACUGAUCAAUGGGAUAAAAUUUGCUACUAGCAUGUAUCUUUAUGUGCCCAAAAAAGAGAGCAGACAGGGAGUCAGAAGGGUUUUUUUUCUCCUGCUGCCAACUUGCCUUAGUUUUAAAUGAACACUGAAAGAGAAGUUUAUCUGAUACAACUGCACAUUAAAAUACCAAAUGGUAGGAAAUAUUUUAUAUGGACACUGCAAGACAGAAAAAUUGAAUAAAGAUAAAUAGAGUUUUUCUAAAAAGAUUUAUUAAAAAUAAGUUCUUUAAAGAGAAAAAGUGUGACAUGUAUAUACAUUAAAUUGUCAAAACCUUCAUGGGACUUAUAAUACAAACUAUUCCAAACAGAAUGAGACAUUCACUUUUUUUUUUACCAUGUCAUGCUUAUUGGAACAGAAUAGAAUAUGGGAAGACAAAAAAACACAACACACAACCAUUAUGAGGCAAACCCUGAAAAUGAAGACUGCUUGCAAAGGUGAAAGUGAGUGAUCCUCAUGAUUCUACAGACAGAAACUAAGACUAUGAAUGGCAUCUUCAGUUGAUAGAGUUCACUUGACAACUGCUAGCUUCCAAUUAAUUCUUCAUUUCUAUGGUGAACUAACAAAUCUCAGCAAGUGGAUUUGUGCUUAUUUUUUCCAGUUCUAUUGCAGCAGGUACCAAAGAUUUCUUCUUAGGAAAAAGUUGCACAAUGGCUGGUUUUCUUUUUAAACUAUCUGACAGCCAGAACCACAAAAAUAUUUU